CAUCAAUCUGCGUCCGGCGCAGAUCUAAUCGCCAGUUUAGGUUUCCAGCUCCUUAGUUGAAUUUGUGAUCAUUUUUGACCUAGAUUCUUUGAAUUUAUUUGGACUUAGAGAGAGGAUAGUGAAUCUCAGCGUUUUCCCUUUCGUGCCACCAUCUGCGAUCUUUGACGAAAAUCUUUCGGCGGGACAAUGAGUUUUCUGCUGCGGUCAUAUCAACCGGCCGCAGUAGCAUCAUCUGGAAUUGCAUCGGAGUAUCGUCCUACUGAUGCAGUACUCAGUAGGUUGAACACUCUGGAUGGUCUUACUGGUCAAGAUUCAGUUUUGCUGAAUUCAAAUGAGGAAGAUCAGGUUGCGGUUGAAAAUGAGGUAGAGGGUGAGGAUCAGGACGAUGGUAUGGGGAUACAUAGUUCUACUAAUGAUGUCUCUCCCGCUGUUCAAAAUCACAUUGAGGUCACUGAAGAUGAAGGAUUUAUAACUAUUCCAAAGAAGGAACUACCUGAUGAUUGGAUGGAGGCACUGGAUAUACAUUCUUUUCACUCGCUAGAUCGUGGUUUUGUUUUUCCUGGUGAACAAGUCCACAUUUUGGCAUGCUUGUCGUCUUGUAAGCAGGAUACAGAAAUUAUUACACCAUUCAAGGUUGCUGCUAUUAUGAGCAAAAAUAGAAUUGGGCCAGGAACCAAGAAACAAAAUGGUGAUACAGGCUCUGAAAGUGACCUUGUUCCUGAUACUGGAGAAAAACUUGAUCAUAUUGGUGACAAUGCGACAAAAGAGAAGAUUGAUAAGCAAAAUAAUGUCUCCGAUGGUGAAAUGCUCCUUAGAAUGGAAGUCCAGAGAAGGAAGACAGAGACUUUGUUGCAAAAGAUUGAAAACUCCCAUUUCCUAGUUCGUAUAGCAGAAUUUGAUGAACCACUUUGGGAAAAACGAAAAAUUCCAAGAACUCCUAUGGAUGGUGCAGAAACUAGAACGACUACUAAAAAUACAACCUCUAUAAGUACACUUAUUGAAAGACGGAACUUUGAUCCAAGUGUUUCUGGUGGAUUGGCUAGAAGUCUGAAGUGUUGCUCAUUAUCUAACGGAGAUAUAGUGGUGCUUUUACAGAUCAAUAUUGGUGUUGAUUUUGUUGAAGAUCCUUUUCUGGAAAUUUACCAGUUUGAGAAAUUGCAAGACAGAAAUUUAUUAAGCAAGGAUCAUUCAAGUUUCUCAUCUGUAAAUGAAGACCCUUGUGGAGAUCUAUUAAAAUGGUUACUUCCUGUGGAUAAUUCUAUUCCUCCUCCUGCUCAUCCUUUGGCACCAUCUACCGCCCCAACUUCCAAUCAAUCCAUGCGCAGCACCUCUACUAGAUCCAAUUUUUCUUCCACAUCGAGCUCUCAGCUGUUUUCUUUUGGUCAUUUUAGAAGUUAUUCAAUGUCUACUACAUCCCCAACUGAGUUACAACCUCCUGCAGCAACCCAUAGUAUUAGACCAGAUAUUGAACUAGACGAUUGGGACCUUUUCCCUACUGAUAAGUUUCUGAAGAGUUCAGAACAUGGCAUUGAUAAUAUUCUAUCUUUCCGGGGUGUGACAUUAGAACCAGAUAGAUUUUCUGUUCAAUGCGGAUUAGAAGGAAUUUUCACUCCUGGAAGAAGGUGGAGGAGGAAAAUUGAAGUUAUUCAACCCAUAGAGAUUCAUUCUUUUGCUGCUGAUUGCAAUGCCGAUGACCUUCUUUGUGUACAGAUAAAGAAUGUAGCUCCUGAGAAUGUGCCUGAUAUUGUGAUAUAUGUUGAUUCCAUAUCAAUUGUUUAUGAAGAGGCAUCGAAAGGCGGGCCUCCGCCUUCAUUACCAAUUGCAUGUAUUGAAGCAGGGGAUAUGCAUAGUCUGCCAAAUCUCACCCUCAGGAGAGGUGAAGAACACUCUUUUAUUCUUAAACCAGUAACCUCAAUGGGAAUGACUGGCAAGGGUCACGGUCAAAAGAUAUCUCAGUUGUCACACUUGCAUGAAGGUUCAAUUUCCCGCAUAUCUACAAAAAGUUCUGAACUAAAAGAAAAUUCUCCAGCGUUAGAUCAGUUUGCUAUUCUAGUCUCAUGCCGGUGCAACUAUACUGAGUCAAGGUUAUUCUUUAAGCAGUCAACGAGUUGGCGACCACGAAUCUCCAGAGAUCUUAUGAUAUCGGUUGCGUCCGCGAUGUCGAGUAAAAAUCUUGUUUCUGAUGGAAUUGUUCCUCAGCUUCCUGUCCAGGUUUUAACUCUUCACGCUUCUAAUCUGUCAUCUGAAGACUUAACAAUUACGGUUCAUGCUCCAGCCUCAUUUACAUCGCCUCCUACAGUAGUAUCCAUAAAUUCAUGUCCAUCUACACCCAUGAGCCCAUUUAUUGGCCAUUUUGAUCCCUCAGGAAGAUUGAGAAAGAAUGGAGAAACUGAUCCUCAUUCAGUCGCCUUAAAUGAAAAUGGCAUACCUAGCACAGACUCCAGCUGUACGCAUUUGUGGUUACAUAGUAGAGUCCCGUUGGGGUGCGUUCCUGCAAAAUCUAUGGCUACAAUCAAGCUAGAGUUACUUCCUUUAACGGAUGGGAUCAUCACACUGGAUUCCUUGCAGAUUCAUGUUAAGGAAAGAGGAUUGAUCUAUGUGCCAGAGCAGUCUCUAAAGAUAAAUGCAACUUUCAGCAUCGCUACUGGGAUCAUGUAAGAUUGCUGUUGCCAAGUUUCAAACAGAUUUGCUCGGAUUGCAGCAAUCCUACUACAAACAGGUCUUGUGGUUGCCAGUUGUGUUGUAUAGACAAGGUUACAAUGCCAUUUCCAAUCCUCCUUUACUUUGAACAGAGUCUUCCUAGUAUAUUAUUACUGCAGAAUCUAUGCAAUUGAACCCUUUUUGUAAAUCUGGGUUGUAAAAGUUUGUGAAAGUUGCUUAGUUUAUUCAUUUAGGCUUCUUUUAGCAACCAUGCCAAAGGUGUCUUAACGUCGGCGGAGUCCCUGACGACAAUAUUAUAGAAUUAUUGCAAAUUUUGUUGCUUUUCGGGUUUCUGUUUGUACUAUGAUGAAAAUUACACGUCAUAGAGGGUCUUGUCAGGUAUUGUAAGUUAGCUUGAUUCAGAAUCUUUGUUGAUCAACAAUUUCAUGUUUGAGUGAGCAGGUUCACAUAAAACCAAUAAUUUGUAUUUGGGUGUGAGUUUUAUGUAAUGUUUUUAUUUCAAAAAACUAGUUUUUGGAGGGUUAUUGUAUUCCCAAAGGAACAAAAAGAUAUAAAAAUGGAAGUCAAACUCAAUAGAAUAAAUCUAUUGGUGGAUUUUGUUUUGUA